GAUCCUUCCUGGUCUUUGCUUUGCUUGGCCUCAUUUCUCUCUCUCUCCUUGGUAGAAUUCUUAACCUUUAUGGAUUUUAUUGCCUUUACAUCACCUCGAAUUCACUAAAUUUUAUUUUUAACUCUAAUUUGCCACCCCCAUUUCCUUAGUCUGCCACCGUAAUCAUCACCUUCUGUACACCAUCUCUACCAACUAUUUUUGUUCUUUUUUUUUCUUUUUCAUAUUCUAUCUCUCUUUGUUCACAUACAUCAAUAUAUUGAUAGCUACAAAAGGAGAGGAUCAUUGGAUAGUGGGGAGAUUUGGAGGAAAACCAUCCUAUUGUCUGUGCUUUCAGUGUUUCUGAUUGCAUGGUAAGCUUGUUGGGUUUAAGAGAGAGAUUGGAAAGAGAGAUCACAAUUGUGCUUCAGAAUUGCUCAGAGAAGCAAUCCAUGGUUAGAUAGCGACUUUGAGAAUAACCCAUCAUAAUCUCUUCACGAGAUUUUGCUUUUGCCACCCAUUGAAUUAUGCCUUUUUGUGGUUAAAUGUCACUGCCACCUGUUCGAAUACAUAUCACCGCUUAGUUGUAUCCAAAGUUGGGAUUCCCCAUUUCUGGGGUUUUCACUUCUAGGGUCUUAAAGAGGUUGUUACAAAGAACUCAAAAAAACAAAAGGGAUUAGAUUACUGGGUUUGUUUUGUUUUUCUUUGUUGGAGUCUUCUUCACAUCCAAAUGUUUCCUGUGGUCAUGUCUAACUCAACUUCUUUAUCUGAGGAAGCUAGUGCAUCUUCUUGUACUAAAGUUUUGGACUUUGGAAGCUUAAAUCCAAUGGUUCAAAUCAUUUCUCCUCAGCAGACACAGAAGAUCAAAAAGAAAAGAAACCUCCCUGGAAACCCAGACCCAGAUGCAGAAGUGAUUGCGUUAUCUCCAAAGACCUUACUGGCUACCAAUAGAUUUGUGUGUGAGAUCUGCAACAAGGGCUUUCAGAGAGACCAGAAUCUUCAACUUCACAGGAGAGGCCACAACCUUCCAUGGAAGCUGAAGCAAAGAAACAGCAAAGAGAUAAAAAAGAAGGCAUAUGUGUGCCCUGAACCUACCUGUGUUCACCAUCAUCCUUCUAGGGCUCUUGGUGACCUUACUGGAAUCAAGAAACACUACUGCAGAAAACAUGGGGAAAAGAAAUGGAAGUGUGAGAAAUGUUCAAAGAUCUAUGCAGUUCAAUCGGACUGGAAGGCUCACUCAAAAACAUGUGGAACAAGAGAGUAUAGAUGUGAUUGUGGAACUCUUUUCUCCAGGAAGGAUAGCUUCAUCACCCAUAGAGCAUUCUGUGAUGCUUUAGCUGAAGAAAGUGCAAGACUCUCUGCAAACUCAACAUUAACAACAAUCACAAACCCUACUGGCCAAACCUUUCAUCUUCAACCACAAACCCCAUUCUCAGUCUUCCCUUUCACAACCCAACACCAACAAGAAGAGCACCACCACCACUUCCCAAACCCACAAACCCACAUCUCUCUGAACAACCCCUGGGAUCAUUCACCUCAAAACCCUAACCCUAAUCCAAACCAAGUUCAUAUCAAGCCUGAAACUAUUCAUCUUCCUAUGUCUUUACCAUUCUACCAAGACCCACCGCAGUCAACUCUCAAGAGCUUGAUGACCUCACCCUUCCAAAACCUCCACGUCAGCACACAGCCCACCUCCAACACUGCCACCACACCCCACCUCUCCGCCACCGCACUCCUCCAAAAGGCUGCAACGCUUGGUGCACAAACGGUUGGUCAAGUGCCUUCUACUGCGACGCAGUUGGAUAUAAGCACAAUGGGUCACUUGAGCACAAGAAUCUCGCAGGAAUACCUGAGUUUCACGCCGGAAAACUUUGUUACAUGGCAGAAAAGUGACCGUCUGACCAGGGACUUUCUGGGUUUGACAGGAGAUCAUCAGCGAGGUGGUGGUGGCAAUGGGAAUGUUGAUGUUAACGUGAACGUGAGGAAUCUGCUAUCGUUCACGGGGGAUGUAGAAUUCCCGACAUAUGACCGUGACCACUCAUUGUUGAAGCAUCAAAGCUUUGGUUUUACCGAGCCUGCAGCCUCGGAAACUUGGGGGAAUUGUUAAAGCUACAGAUUGAUUAUCGAGGGACGUAAAACAGUAUUCUCCGAUCUCUAUUCAUUGAAAUGACAAAAAUAUCCCUAGAGAGAGCGAGACAGAAGAAUCUAUGCUUUUAUUUUAUUUUAUUUUUUUCAGUUGAAAUGGUUAGAGUAAAUUAUGCCUUCCGUUUUACUUUGAUCUAUUUAUUUUUGUUUGCAUUAUUUUGG